AUGUGCGCCUUCUCCAGAACUCUGCCCUGGGCCUCGGUCCUCAGAGUGUGGGACAUGUUCCUGUGUGACGGAGUGAAAAUGAUAUUCUGUGUGGGUUUGGUGGUGUUGACGUCCAUGCUGGGUACUCGGGAUAAGCUCAAGGCCUGUCCGGGUCAGUAUGAGACCAUGGAGGUCCUCAGAGCGAUUGAGCCUAGAUACAUGCAGGAGGGCUUCUUCGUGCUCCAGGUUCUGGAGUUGCAGGUAUCGGCACAGGACGUGGAACGUGAGCAACGCACGCAGCUGAAGCGCUGGAAGAAGGAGCACGGCGAGCCCGGCCCCAAACUCCCUCAGAGAAUGCACAGUGCUCGCACCAUCAUGGCCACCGAGCCUCAUACACACCAAGACCUCCGCCAGAAACCCACCAUUAUGGUCCAGUACCCAUCGGUCCCUGAGGAGAAGUCCGAGCCGAACCUCAGGAAGAAGAGAGGGAGCCUGAAGAAAACCAAGCCCUCAUUCCGAACCCCUAUGCGCUACCUGGCGAGUCUAAACCUAGUCAGAUAUUGGACAUACAGCUUCUGA